AUGGGAAAAAAAUUGUUCUUUAUCUAUCUCAACCUCAUAUACAGGCAGCUGGAAGAGGGGUUCAAAGUGCCAGUGUAUGACCGGUACAACGUGGUCCUUCAGAUUUUCCAGCAGCAUGCACAAUCACAAGUUGCCAAGCUCCAGGUUGCACUUGCUGAAAUACCCUAUCUCAGAUCUCGUCUUCAUGGCCUAGCAUUGGGGGAUUUGGACCGUGGGGGUGGAGGGGUGGGGGCCAUUGGGGGCUCAGGGGAGACAUUACUGGAAACACGCAGGAGACUUCUUGAGAUUCGAGAGGGGAAACUGAAGAAUGCCCUCGAAAGCCUGAAGAGGCACCGACAGGUCACUCGAAUGAGUCGCAUCCGGGAGCAGGUCCCCACUGUUGCUGUUGUUGGCUACACCAAUGCUGCUCUGAUAUGGCCCAUUCUGAUUGUGACAGGGAAGACAUCCCUGAUCAAGGCCCUUACUGGGGAGAAGAGUUUAGAGCCAAAGGAUCACCUCUUUGCCACACUGGAUGUCACAAUGCAUAGUGGACUCCUUCCAUCUCGCCUCACAACCCUCUUUGUGGACACUGUUGGCUUUAUUGCUGAUAUCCCACUUGCCCUCAUCCAAGCCUUUGCUGCCACAUUGGAAGAUGCCCUCAUGGCUGAUGUGAUAGUGCAUGUGCGUGACAUGAGCCACCCAGAUGCCAAAAAUCAAGAAAGAACAGUGCUGGACACACUGACAAAGAGCCUUUCAGCUGAAAGAAAGAAACUUGAUGGUAUGAUCACAAUUGGGAAUAAGAUUGAUUGCCUUGGACCAAAUGAAUUGGAAGAAAUGAAAAGCACAGCAUCACAAAAUGGGCUCUUCCUAACUUCAUGCAUAAAUAGGACAGGACUGGAGGAGGUGAGGGAAGAGAUCGAGAAAAGGCUGAUGGAGGUGAAAGAGCUGGCAGUCUUGCAUUUCUCUAUUCCUGCUGGAGGUGAAGAGGCCAGGUGGCUGUACAAGUACUGCACAGUGACAGAAGAGUUCUUAAAUCCUGAAGAUUCCCAGAAGACAUGCUUGAAGGUGAUCAUCUCCAAAGCCUCCUUGGGGCGAUUUCACAAGGCCUUCCCACUCCUUCAUCCCAUUCUGUGAUUAGAUUCAUUUUGUAAAAUAAAGAUGACCCAUGGAAAACAUGAGGUAGAGG